GUCCCGCCCCAUACCUGUGUUGUUGUCAACAGAAGACACCAUGGGAACACACCCUAUAAAAGCAGCAAGACGCCCAGCUUUGAAGUGUGGGAGUCCGAGGAGCUAGCCAAGACAAGGGUAGAGAAACCAAGGUUCAUCAAGAUGUGGAAAAUGAUGACAUUAUCGUUCCUCAUGUGCUUCUUCACAGCAACACUUAUCAGGGUUCAAGAUGCUGCUGACGCUGAUGUUGCCUGUGCUGCCUGCACCACCGCAUAUAAGUCAGAUACAGAUAUGGACUGUCCAAACUUGAAAGAGUACCUUAAUUGUCUCGAAAAUGCUGCGGGAACGACAGAUUGGUGUACACUUUCAACAGAAGAUGCCCAGAAAGUCACAAAAGCUACUUGCAAGACAACCUUGGGAGCACCCUGCACAUGCCUAAAGGAUUUUUGGGGAAGUGAAUGCAGAUCUCUGGAGCACUACACUGAUUGUCUCAACACAGCACAUGAUGCAGCAUGUGGAAGUGGUGACACAGCCUCGAAACUUAUUACCAGAGCGACUGGGAGAUCGCAUCCGAAAUGUAGUUCCGGAGCUUCUCCACUGAGAAUGUACAGUGCCAUAGCUUCCUUUCUUCCCUUCGUCCUUGCUGCAUUCCGACUUUGACCGACCCAGGAAUCGCACCGAAUGCCUGCUGUCCAAACGUCCAUCGAGUGCCGUCGCUUAUGUCAAAUGAGCCAAAUGUCAAAUUGUCAAAUGAAUUAAUCCGUAUGAUUACCAUUCUUAAAACUCCUGAUAGAUAACAACAACAAAUUGUUAAGAAAUCUUAGCAGUUUUGUUUUAAUCGUCAUUGCAAGAUUUAAAUGGAUUUUGGUGAAAAAUAUAUUAUGAUAUUUUUAAUGAUGUGUGCAGUGUCAGUUAGAUAGAACAAGUUAUUUGUUAUCACUAUUUUCAUAUUGGAUGUGAUUUAUAAAUAUUUUCAUUUUGAAAAUAAUGCUGCUGCAAACUGACUAACGGGGAAAAAUCUCCAACGUACAUUUAGGCCCAGCUGAUGACGUUUCCUGAUGACGUGGGCCUCCCCAAGAGGAACACUGACAAAUAGAAAAUGUCAUCAACCCUUUAGACACUUUUGCAGCAGAUCAGUAAAUAUGUCCAAGUUAUAAGUUUUGUUGGAUUGUGCGUGUUAACGGAAUUACCUAUGUGAUUGAAGAAUAUCCCUGUAAUAAAAUUAUUUGCAAUUGUCA